AUGUGCUUCCGGUUCCGAAUUGGUAGCGAAGACAGCACUUUGUUUGAGAGCUACACGGAGGGGGAAAUCCACCAGCUGAUCUCCACCCUGAUCGAGCGCUACAGCCAAUCCAUGAACUCGGGAGGACACGAGCUGCCUCUCUUUGCCAAAGCCGGCAACCGGAUGAAGCGCGCCAAGGCCCGCCACAAACCCUGCUCCCUCAAGGAGCUGGAGGUGACCAUCAGCGAGCUAGGCCUGGGCUACAACUCGGACGAGACGGUCCUCUUCCGCUACUGCAGCGGGACCUGCGACUCGGCCGUGCGGAACUACGACGUCUCCCUGAAACAUGUGCGGAGCAUGAGGAAGAUCCGGAAGGAGAAGGUGCGGGCUCGUCCGUGCUGCCGACCGUUGUCGUACGACGACGACGUCUCGUUCUUGGACACGGGGAACCGAUACUACACCGUAAACGAGGUGUCGGCCAAGGAAUGCGGCUGCGUGUGA